GGCAGGGACCUGCUAUAAAAGCAUACCGCAUCGACCCUCGAACGCAUAGUGCUUGCUCGCAUAACACGCAAGAAAAACCACCGCCCGUCGCCAUGAAAUUCUUCGUUGUUCUGUUCGCCGUUGUGGCAGUCGCCAGCGCUGGAUACAUACAUCAUGCGCCGGAGAUAAUCCAUGUCACUGGCGGGCCUGAUAUCCCGGCCCUCAAGGCUGCCCCGCUCGCUGUCCAUGGUGACGAUAAAACCACCCGCAUCCACUAUUCUGGUCCGCACGUAGGGCAUCCACACUUGGUGGGAAUCGAACAUUACCUCCCGGCGCCCGUAUACGAGCCUGGCUACGUCAACGUGGCUCUUAAACACGACUCGCAUUAGAUCUCCGCAAUUGAACCAGCAGAUCCGCUGGUCCGGAGUGGUCCACGCCGAACGUGUCAUCCUGAGGCUGAUAUGAGGCAGUGGAUCAGCGAAUUCGUCAUUUAAUUGAUGAAUGAACACGACAUUGAACAGCCCCUUGCCAAAGUGGAGCAUCCCUUGUUCCUUCUUAUCGGCAAGAUACCAGUUCUUCGCGUCGAGAGAUCUCUCGCCGAGGGUUUUCUCAGCUUGAGGGUCGAGAAUCGCGCGGAGGAACACGCGAAUUGGCUGGAUUAAUGAAAUUCGUACUGCCUCAGGAUAUUCGCACGUCUUGGGCCACUCUCGGAGGAUCGUCC